AUGGCUAACAGGAGGAAGAGGAACACUGUUGGAGCUGACGAGAUCGCUCAGGCGAUUCAUCGCAUGGUGGAUGCGAUGCAGCCUAUUGUAGCUCAGCCUAGAGUCGCGGUGGCACCCGUUCGCCUAGUGACGAUGGAGGAUUUCAUGAGGCAUAAGCCCUCGAAGUUCUCUGGUAAAUCCACCCCUGACGAGGCAGACACAUGGCUUAGAGAGUGCGAGACAAUCUGUAGGGUGAUAGACUGCACGAAUGCGCAAAAGUUGUCAUUUGUCACUUUCCUCCUAGUGGUAGAUGUAGAGUAUUGGGAGUUCCCAAUCUUGGUGGAGCAGGCCAAGGUGGUGGAGCAGCUAGAGACGGGACCCAGCAGUGGGACUCGACCACAGAGGACCACGCCCGAUCCUCGUCAGCAGAAGAAGCCAUAUACCAGACCACCACCUUCUUCCAGAAAACUACAGUGUUUCAACUAUGGUGGUGAGCACUUGAGGAGGGAUUGUCCAAAACCCUCUGGCAGCGUUGGUGGCAGUAGUAGCACUAGUAAGUGCUAUGUGUGUGAUCAGAUAGGACACUAUGCCAGACAUUGUCCUAACAAGAAACCAGUUGGAGGUGCACCAGCCAAUAAACCCGUGGGAGAUAGGCCCAAAGCACCAGGGCGUGUAUUUGCACUGACGACUACAGAGGCGACUCAGUCAGGAUCUACCCAUUCAUUCGUAUUUAAUGAAUGCGUGAGGAAGCUCAGACUUGUGAUGCACGAGCUGGGGUGCGAGUUAAUAGUCCCAACACUAGAGUCAGGCGAGGUAUCCACUAGUUCUAUUUGUGUGGGAUGCCCUAUGGAGGUAGCGGGUCACAGAUUCAAGGUGAAUCUUAUUUGUUUACCCAUGGAGGGUCUAGAUGUUAUUCUGGGAAUGGACUGGUUGUCGAGCAACCAUGUGGCUGUGAAGGAGAUUGAAGAUGGAGCUACAUGUUUCAUGAUAGUGGCUAAUGCAAAGAAGUUGAGUACUGCAGAGAGAAUCAGCAGGAUUACUAUGGUGGAGGAGUAUGCAGAUGUUUUCCCGAAUGAAAUUCCGGAACUGCCACCGAGCCGGGAUGUGGAUUUCACUAUUGAUCUCAUCCCUGGGGCCGGUCUAGUGUCCAUGGCGCCCUAUCGGAUGGCACCAGCCGAGUUAUCUGAGCUGAAGAAGUAG